AUGGUCGAGGCAGAGCGGUCGGACAAUCUAUGGGUUUCUUCCGAAAUGCCGUCGUCGUCUCCGGCGGCAAUAGAUGGCCGUGAGUUUUCGACCAUUGAUUCGAUUACAGGAAUAAGAGAUGUGAGAGGAUUUGGUACCCUCCGACCGCAGAUAGCUUCCCGGCCUCAAUUGGACAUGGGUUCGUCGGAGGAGAAGCUAGGGUUCACGGAAAGAGUUUUCUCAGCCGCCGGUGCUGCGUUUUUGUCCGCCGUUAUUCUAAAUCCUCUCGACGUUGUCAAGACUCGAUUGCAAGCUCAAGCCGCCGGAGUUUCUUACUCUCACCCACUCAGUUGCUCCAUUGGCCGCAUGGCAUUCUUUGGACCAAACAUGAUGUUUGCAGAUUUGAGAUGUUCUCCUUCAUGUUCACGCGCUGGUGUUCAUGGUACUGUCUCUAUUUGCCCGCCGGAUUGUUUCCAGUACAAAGGGACAUUUGAUGUCUUCACCAAGAUCAUACGACAGGAGGGCAUGGCACGUCUGUGGAGAGGAACUAAUGCUGGUCUUGCCCUAGCUGUGCCCAUGGUUGGGAUUUAUCUCCCAUUUUAUGAUAUGUUUCUCAAUCGGCUGGAAGAAUUGUUUCGGGAGAAUGCACCUGCUACCUCAGACUAUGUGCCUCCUCUUGUGGCAGGGGCAUUAGCGCGGUCUUUAGCUUGUACAGUGUGCUAUCCUAUUGAACUUGCAAGAACCCGUAUGCAGGCAUUCAAAGAAGCAAAAGCUGCUAUGAAGCCUCCAGGAGUUUUUAAAACUCUAGUUGGUGUAGUCUCUGAAGUGAGAACAGCUAAUAACCUUGAAAAUAGUUUGCACAACUAUCGUGUUCUCUGGAGAGGCUUGGGUGCUCAGCUUGCCCGUGAUGUUCCAUUCUCAGCAAUCUGCUGGGGGACCCUCGAACCAAUGAGGAGGAGGCUUCUUGGAGUUGUGGGCAAUGAUACAAACGCUCUUGGUAUUCUUGGUGCAAACUUUUCUGCUGGUUUUGUAGCCGGAAGUAUCGCUGCUUCUACUACUUGUCCUCUUGACGUUGCAAGAACAAGAAGACAGAUAGAGAAAGACCCUGGUCGGGCAAUGAGAAUGACAACGAGACAGACACUAAUAGAGGUUUGGAGGGAUGGUGGGAUGAGAGGACUGUUUAUGGGAAUGGGUCCACGAGUGGCGCGUGCAGGACCAUCGGUAGGGAUAGUGGUUUCCUUCUACGAGGUGGUCAAGUAUGUUCUGCAUCGUCCAUACGCUUCAUCAUGA